AUGGCUGCUUCUCCUGCUGGACGUGCCGCUCAUAGCCUCAUGCAAGGCAACAUCAUUUUCAACCCGUUUGGUGGCGCAGACAAGGUCCUAGCUGGAGAGUCCACACGGAAGGAAAACGUGAAAAAAAAAGUUGCCAAUGCGAUCAUGCAGUUGUUGCCCUACGGGGGGUUAUGCGAGCAGCUGCGCCAGGGUUCCCACCCCAAGGGUCUGCCUCCACUGAUCUUCAAGGGUUGCGUCGCCCAGGGCUGCGCAAAGGACUGGGCUGGUUCAGAGCUGAAUUCGAAGGUCAUAUAA